CCCCCCAAUCCACUCGACCUCUCCGCCAUGGAGCGUCCGGCCUUCAAGCGCAAAGGCGACUUCAGCGAUGCCGCCAGUCGCAAGAGCGCGAAGAACGGUGACGGCGACCACGCCGGCGCAAAGCCCAAGAUGUCGUUCGCCGAGAAGAUGAUGGCCAAGAUGGGAUACCAGGAGGGCCAGGGCCUCGGAAAAACCGGCGAGGGAAUUCUGAAUCCGAUCGAGGUCAAGCUACGGCCCCAAGGCGCCGGUGUGGGCGCCGUCAAGGAAAAGACUGCACAGGCAAAGGCCGAAGCCAAACGGGCUGCCGAGCAACGAGGAGAGGAAUACGAGGACUCGUCGGAAGAGGAGCGCAAGGCCAGAAAGCGGCGAAAAGAGAUCAUUAGGUCUGGAAAUGCCAGCGGCGCCAGUACGCCCGGCGGAUUCGGGCGAACGAAGACCAAGUACAGGACCGCCGCCGAUAUUGAAGCUGCCUCCGAUGGCUUGCACGUCCCGAAUGUUCUCAAAUCGUUGAUCGAUGCGACGGGCAAGGAGGCAAGGCUGCUCACAUCCACGGCGGGAUUGAUGACUCCGUUGGGCGGCACAUCAGACACCGAAGCUGAAAAACUAGCGAGGAAGGCCAGAAUGGAGCUGGAGGCUUUCGCCGACGCCUGGAAUGAUGUUACGGAGAAGAAGAAAUUCUUGUUCCUCGAAGAAGACCAGCUGCAGCAGGAGAUCGAGGCACAGCAGGAAGAGAUUCGAAAGGUCAAAGGAGUCACAGAAGCAAUCGCUGCUUUGGGCCAACUAGAUCUAAACAAGGCGAGCACGGCCGAUGAAGCGGCUAACAAGUGGACUGAAGUGGUCUCCCAGCUCGACACUAUCCAGUUCGAGUUUCGAAACGAGAUUCAAAAUUUCGGUCUCUCGGAAGCCGCCGUGGCUGCAAUUCAUCCUCUAUUUAAGCAAGAAAUGCUCGACUGGGACCCAUUGGAGAACCCGAUGCAUCUUGUUCCUCAUAUUCAUCGGCUACGCACAAUACUUGGAAUAACCACCAAGGACACAGUUGCUGUGCUCAACGGCGGCGACACAUUCGACAUCGGUCGACGCCACAAAUCCACCACUGCUUACGAAACCAUGAUCUAUACUCUCUGGCUGCCAAAGGUUCGCACCGCAGUGACGAACGAGUGGGAUGUCUAUAAACCUACGACACUGAUCGCGCUUGUCGAGGCCUGGAAAGACAUUCUUCCGCCAUUUGUUUACCACAACGUUCUAAACCAGCUUAUCGUACAAAAGCUUACGACUGCUGUGCACAAUUGGAACCCUCGCACAUCACUGAAAAAGAGAUCCUCAACACCGCUCCCUCAUGUUUGGCUUUUUCCUUGGUUGCAAUAUCUCUCAGAUCAUCACACGGAUCCUCGGAGCUCCUCCGGCCUUCUUGUGGACGUUAAGAGGAAGUUCCGACUCUCUUUGGAUACCUGGGAUCUCUCACGCGGUGUCAUGCCAGGCUUGGAGAACUGGCGAGAAGUUCUCCGCGGCGAACUUGACAACGCGCUCGUCCGGCAUCUCCUGCCACGUCUCGCUCUUCUGCUCACUUCGGACUUCGAAGUCGACCCUUCGGACCAAGACUUGAAGCCUCUUGAGCGAGUGAUAGCAUGGAACUCCUUUUUCAAAGCCAGCGUCCUGGCACAGCUGUUCCUUGCUGAGUUCUUCCCCAAGUGGCUUACCGUGUUGCAUCAAUGGCUCACGGCUGAUCCAAAUUACGAAGAAGUUGGGCAAUGGUUUACAUGGUGGAAAAGCUACUUCCCCGACGAAAUAAACUCUACUCGAGCAGUCGCAGAGAUGUGGGAUAAAGGACUUGCGAUGAUGAACGAAGCACUGGAUCUUGGAGACCGUGCUAAGGCCGAAUUGGCGCCACCAAGAGCGGGCCCACCUGUGGCUGGUCCACCUGGAACCCCGAAAGCACCGGGAAUUGCGAGAAAAGACCCACGAUCGGCGCGUAAAGAAGUGGUGGAAGAGGCUACAUUCAAGGACGUCGUCGAAGCUUGGUGCAGCGAAGAGAACCUGCUUCUCAUACCCCUGCGCGAGGCCCACGCGACCACCGGCCUCCCUCUCUUCAGGGUCACAGCGAGCGCGACCGGCAAGGGUGGGGCGUUGGUAUACCUAAAAGGCGACGUCGUCUGGGCGCAGAACAAGAAGGAAAAGAGUGUAUGGGAACCGAUCGGGCUUGAGGAGGCGUUGGUGCAGAAGGCGGAAGGGAAAUGA